AUGGCCGCGGGGCCAAGUUGGCCUGGCCCCUUGGGGCCUCUGGCCCCCUGGGCCUGGGCCCGGUUUAAGGACCCAACAGCAGGAUUCAUCCUCCGUGUUGUGGUGGGGUGUUCGGAUCUAAAAGGCAUGCUUGCAGCCAUGCUGCGCCAAAGCAGUGGUGGAGGAUCUGGAGGUGUUGGCAGCGGCAGUGUUGGUGGAACAAAACUCUCUUUAGGUAUCUCCCGUGUCUCCAGCUCCAGCUCUGGAGGCCCUGUGCGGAUCACCAAAAAUGGCUCUGUCAGCUCUGACGGCAUGAAUGCUACCACCUCAGACCCAAACUACAUCAUGCAGCUGGUCAGUGAUGUACGCAAGUUCGCUGAUGUGCUUCUAAACCUCAAAGAGGUGUUCAACUCUAAAGAUCAUCAGGACUGUCUACAUCAGGCAGUCCACGAGCGGCUGGGUGAGCUCCUGCGAGUUCUGAAGGCCAUCAUUGACAAACACCAAAGCCUGAACUCUGUGGACAUCCUCAGCAUGGCCGGAACCCUUAUCGCCAGGGUCAAAGGGGUGAACUUUAAGGAGGUAAACGAGGAGAAUAGACAGAAGCUUUUUGGAGAGAUCUACACGGCGAUCGACACAUUGGCAUUCACGUUUGGCAAUGUAGUUUCCGAUUUCCUUAUGGGAGAUGUAGAGAAUGGAUCGGUGUUGGGGCUUCCCCUGACUAAAAGAAGCAGGUCUUUUGAGAACCUCACUGUGGAAUCUGGAGGAUCCGGUCCGGAGAAAGAUGAUCCGCCAGGGCCGUCACUGCCGGUCCGGCCCGAAGAGGUUGACAGGACGCUUCAGCGGCAGGACAAUGGAGUGGAGUCAGCACUGCUCUAUGCCAAGGCAUGGUCUAAGUACACCAAGGAGCUGCUGGCAUGGGUGGAGAAGCGGCUUGGUAUGGAUAUCGAGUGCGCAAAGAGUUAUGCCAAAAUGGCUGAAACUGCCAAGACGCUUGCAAGUCAGCAGGAGUUCAUGCCAUUCCGUGAGAUCUACACAACAGCAUUCAGGAAUGACAUUGAAUACAGUCAGCUGGUACUUCACACUGCUGCUGUACUCCAGAGCAACAAAUUUGUUCAGCCUCUCCAGGCUCGAAAGAAUGAGCUGGACAAACUACGAAAAGAGGUUAAGGAGCAGUGGCAGAGAGUUCAAAAGAAAAUGCACGAAGCAGACAGCGCUCUGAAGAAGGCUCGGAUGCUGCAGGCCCAGCGGCAAGAGGAGUAUGAGAAGGCCAAGGUGAGCACCAGUCGCCUGGAAGAGGAGCAGAUUGGAGGAGGAGGCGGAGCAGCAGCAGUCAAACAGCUGGAGAAGAGGCGCAGGCUGGAGGAAGAGGCUCUGCAAAAGGCCGAGGAGGCCAAGGAGCACACCAAAGCCUGUCAGGUCGAUUUCGGUGUGAAGAGGGUUGACCUGGCCAACUCCAAGAGCGAGAUAAUCACUCAGAUCCGAGAGAUGGUCUCCCAGUGCGACCUUACCCUCAAAGCUAUGACCGUCAACUGGUUCCAGCUGCAGCAGACCCAAGUCGUGUUUCUCCCCGUCAACCACCAGAGUCUAUGCGAAAAUGCCAAGCUGUAUGAGCCAGGCCAGCGCUACAUCGACUUCGUCAGGAGUUUGCCGACCAACGCCCCCCCAUUUGAGUCCCACUCAUUGGAUUCACCUGUCGCCCAGAACACAGGGGCUCUUUUCAACAAGCGCUCCUUUAGCGGCAGCCACUCGUCCCACAGUAUCGUGCUACACGCAUCUGUGACCUCCAACAUCCUGGUUACAAAUGAGGUGGACACUCAGUCCAGCCCCCAACAUGCCAAGGUUGCAGAAAGACGCUCUAACGGCAGCUACGAUAUCCAAGCACUUCGCAUUCAGGGCCCUUUUCGACCCUGGGGCUCGACCAAUCAGGGCGGAGGACUCAGUGACUCAGAAAGCGCUGGAGGGAGCAGCGAAUCCCGCUCCAUGGACUCCCCCACUGCAAGCCCAGGGGAUUUCAAAAGGAGGUUACCCAGGACGCCCUCCACCGGCACCAUGUCGUCAGCCGAUGACUUGGAUGACAGGGAACCUCCCUCACCCUCUGAUAACGGUUUGAAUGAGAUGAUGAUAGAGAUAGCCAGCUCCCCAGGACCCUUUCGAAACACUCCGCUGUCCAAAGCAGCUCAGACUCACAAGCUAAGGAAGCUUCGGGCGCCCUCAAAGUGCAGAGAGUGCGACAGCCUGGUGGUGUUUCAUGGAGCAGAGUGUGAGGAGUGUUCGCUAGCAUGUCACAAGAAGUGUCUGGAAACCCUCGCCAUCCAGUGUGGCCACAAGAAGCUCCAAGGGAGGCUCCACCUGUUCGGCAUUGACUUCACACAGGCAGCAAAGAACAGCCAAGACGGCAUCCCCUUCAUUAUCAGGAAGUGUACAUCAGAAAUUGAGAACAGAGCGCUCAACAUCAAGGGAAUCUACCGUGUCAAUGGUGCCAAAUCCCGAGUGGAGAAGCUGUGUCAGGCGUUCGAAAACGGCAAGGACCUCGUGGAGCUGUCUGAGCUGUACCCCCACGACAUCAGCAACGUGCUCAAACUCUACCUGCGACAGCUUCCUGAGCCGCUCAUCCUUUUCCGUUAUUAUAACGACUUCAUCGGUUUGGCCAAGGAGUGCCAGAGCAUCAUCGUGGAGGAACUAGAGGCUCUGAGACUGGGCCCCGGUCCUGUGCCCCCGGCCCAGGUCAGCGUGGAGCUCAACCGGGUGCUGUUCAAAAUCAAAGAUCUGCUAAGGCAGCUUCCUCCAGCACAUUUCAAGACACUGCAAUUCUUAAUGGAGCAUCUACACAGGGUGACCGAGUGUUCAGAAGAAAACAAGAUGACAGCCAGCAACCUGGGGAUCAUCUUUGGCCCCACACUUAUCAAGCCGAGGCAGGCAGACACCGAAGUUUCCCUCUCCUCUCUGGUGGAUUACCCCUACCAGGCCCUGGUUGUGGAGCUCCUUAUCAGACACUACGAGAUGGUCUUUGAUACCCCACUCAGUUCCCCGAGGGGCACCUCCCCCACAGAGGCUGAUGCUCAUCCACGCCCUGAUGGCUGGCUCAGCCACCGUGAGAAGGAGCAGCAGCUAAGCAGGCACUCCAAGUCUCUGGGAGACAUCAAAGAGCAGAGCUCCAAAGUGUUUAAGAGACAUUCCUCCAUAAUUCCUUCUUCACAUUUAUUGGCUGAAGUUCAGGAGAUGAUGCCAAGCCUUGAUGGAGUUGAUUUUGAACUUGCUGAUGAAACGGACUCUGAGACCCUCAAUGGGGUGUUGUCGUCCGGCAUUUCCCAUGCCCCAAAGCCUGGGGAAAGAGGCCUUAGCCGUUCCCACCACGUCACAGUCACCCGGGUUCAGCUUCGGCACCCUCGCAGCAAACUCUCUUCCAGGCCGGCAAGUGUGCCGGCCGAGCGGCUCUGCAGCCAGGAACAUGUGGACCAGAGUAACGGCCCGAGCAGCACCGAGCAGGAUGACAAGAAUGGAGGCAGUUGCGACCAGUCCAUAGAAGAAAUGGAAGAAACCGAGAACCCAAAGCUGCGGGUCGGCACACGCUUUCAGAGCACAUUUAUCGACACACAGACUCUACGCAGAACAUGGGACAAACAGUACAAGCACAACGCCUCUUCCAGGGCCAGCAGACUUGUGGCCAGCUCGCCUUCAGAGGAUGCCGACAGCUUAUCUGCUUCUGUGCCAUCAAACCUGUACCUUGCAAGUGCAAUGAGUGGCGUUGGCACCCUGUACCCCAACAGACCAUACACGGUUGCAGUGCGACCAUGCAGGACUUUAAGAAGGGAGGACAAUGUGAUAACGUACUGCACAUCUGCCACAGCUUUCAGGGCUCCCAGGACUCUCCAGCCUCCCCCCGGAACCUUCUACAAACCCCCGAUAGGGAACAAAACAAAAGAGCUGCAGAACUGUGCAUCAGCUAACAGUGCAGAGGAGGAAGAGGAGGACAAUGACGAGGAAGAUGAGGACGAGGACGAGGAACUGGGGAUUGAGAUAGAGGUAUCUGUAGACGAGCCUCUUGAGGACAUCGAUGCCGACCAGGCGACCAUAUCUCAUUCUCCAAUCUCUAGUCCUGAGGAACUUGGCCAAAACCAGUCCAAACCAGUGUACCAGAGACUAAGACCCAGGCGCCUUCAGGAGGUAGAACACAGAGAGGCUCAUUUUGUUUGAGCUGCCAAAAUAACGAUCGCCGACGGGUCCGCUAUUAGAAACCUCAGCUGAGCAUAAACAUGCGCCAUGUAUCAAAACAAUGAAAGCAUGUUAUACAUGGCCACAUGCAUGUUUUACUGGUGAUUUGUCCCCACAAGGCAAACAGGAUGCAGUUACCACUGUGCAUUUCCCACAGGAUUCAGAUUUGGUUGCCAUUCAUGUGCUUUUGUGCACUCAGUGCCUUCUGAAAAUAUUUGUCUUUUCAAACAGUGCAAUUUUCUAUUUUGUUUAAUCAGUUUUGUACAAAGUUCUUACCUGCUCACUGUCAGUAUAUGUUUCUAUACCAAAAAACAAACAAACAAAUGGACAAUGUUGGAUUCUACAUACACUGUAGCCACGGCAUUGAGAAGAGUAGUGUGCACUUACUCAAGCUUGUACUUACUGUGAUCAACUAUGUUUUACACUGUUACAUAUUGAUUUUAAAGAAUUAUUUGCUAAUAACGUCUUUGUAAAGCGCUACAAUGAACUUAUGUUACAUGUUGUGUCCAAUGCGUGUCGCUGGCACUGGCUUGUGUUAAAAAAGAUAUGUUGCAAAGGGUUGUCAUCCAGUUGUUUUCAUAAAAAUUUUACAAAGCUGAAAGUGAUUUUCUUUAUUUUUAUUUUUAAUCUGACACAAAAUUUCAAGCAGUUUAAUUAUAACAUUUGAAAUAUCUUUAAUAGCCAAAGCUGUUUUCUUUCUUGUGUUUUUGGAGGUUAAAACCCCUUACAGGUUCUUUGAAAGUCAUGUAAGGUGCACCACAUAUUUAAAUGGUAUCCGUUUUUCAGGUCGAUGUACAUGUUGGAGAGAACGCUGAAAGAUGUAAGUGUAAGAAAGAAAAAAGAAACAGGUACAUGAAAACAAACACCCUUUGGUAACUUAUUAAAAUGUAUCUGACAACUUCC